CUCUUGAUGAUUCCGAUCGAGUGUACAUACUCCGUCAUCAUGAGCAAUUCGAUUGAAGAAAACGAGUACUCAUGGAAUCAUACUUAUUAUAAGCCUGGACAUCUCGCCGAUCGAUCUUGUUUCACUUUCAAGGAUUAAGAAACACGAACAACUUUUACGCUCCAAACCUCCAAGACUGAAUCUUCGUCGAGAAUUUGAACAUUGCGGCCAAUCUUAAGUGAGGGCACAUAGCUAUUCCAAAUGAUUGGGAUGGAACGAUCCCCCCCCCCUCUCUCCCCCCAAGUGAAUAAAUUUCCAGGUCCCUGACUAGAAUAUGAGACAGAUCUGAGUAUGAUGGUGAUCAAAAGAAGCUCUCGUGAGUCUCAGUCUCUGAUUAAAAAAUGCCGUGAUGGUCGCCAGAGAUUGAUCUUCGUUCUCGUGAUUCCCUCUCAAGGGCUCGAUUCUUUUAGACCCUCUUCCAUUGAAGCGAUCUUAAAGCAGUUCAAACUCUGAAUUUCCAAGCCGGAUUAGUGUAGAUUACAGCGAAUGCCAUCAAGCCAUGGCUUGGUACCUUCAAUUUGUCGUAGUCGUCCCAUGCGAGGCCGAAUGUCGUCAAGUUUCAGAUCCGAGGUGUCCAUCACCAUCAGCUCGUUACAAGACAACCAUGGGGCUCAGAAUGAUCCAAUAACCACCACCGCCAGCUCCUCCAACGAUGAGUACGGAUCGGAUCGCUUGCCCCCGUUGGCGCUUGGAUUGAGCGAGCCCAAUCCCUCGAGUAAGAUUUCAAGAUCUCGUCACUCAAAUCGACUCCGAUCCAAAAGUCCGGCCUCCACCGGUUACUCACUUCCCAAUAAAGGUUUGGAAGCCCACAAUCGGUUCCACUAUAAUUGCUGUGAUCAGGGCAAAGGCCCGUCGCAAGAGGAUGUAAAGGCCAAAAGUUUGGAUAACAUUGCUCGAAGAAGACGAGCCCGAAUUAAUUAUCGAACAACCACACCCGAACCCGACCCAUUAUCUAGAAACGCAUUGAUCGGGAACGGAGGCAGUGGUCCAUAUCGAAGAAAUAGCUCAACCAUGAUGCUCAGAGAUCAAGUCUCGACUUAUCUUAACGAGCAUCCUGACUUCUUGGAGAAGUACGUCCUCAACCACGUGUCUAAAGAAACGGUAGGGGAUUGGUGGUCCAAGCUGAAAUCCAAAUCCAAUGGGAGCAAAGGCCAACCUUUACGCCGAGUGUCAAUCAACUUCUUGGAAGAAAUCACCGACAAGCUCCGCACGCAGGAAGAUAAAGUUACCAAAGAGAACCUUCUCUUCGAAUUAACCUCAAAUGUGGCCAAAGUGAUUGGAGCCGAGAAGUUCCAUGUGUACUGCGUGAACGAGGAAACGCAAGAACUUAGACGCUAUGGGAUCGACAAUGACCUUAAUGGCAGUGAGUCUGUGCAGAAAAUUGGAUCGGGGACCACAAUGGCUGCCCACGUGGCCAAAACACAUCAGACAUUGCGAGGGACCACAUCCCUGAGCGAUCCUCGAUUUCCACAUGGGAUUCAAGACUUCGACGAGGACUAUCAUGUUUUGGUUGUCCCUGUCAGAGACCUCGAUUACGAUCAAUCCGUGAUGGCGGUGAUCGAGUUUGUCCGUGAGGCAUCUGAAGCUGGGUUCGAAGCCAGUGACGAAGAUAUUGUGGAAUCGUACUUAGCUUGGGGCAAGAUCGCCUUGAGUCAUGGCGAUAUUUGUUCCAAUUCCGUCAAACAGAGAAAACUUCAAUCGUUCUUACUCACCGUUGUCAAGUCAAUCUUCACAGAAAUGAUUAGUAUGGAUUCAUUAAUCAUCAAAAUCAUGAAUUUCGCCCAACAUUUAGUGGCCGCCGAUCGAGCGUCACUGUUCCUCGUCGAUUCGAAAACCAAUCAACUUUACGCACGGAUCUUUGAUAUUCACAAGCAAGACAGCAGCGAUGCAUUGGACACCCUUGAUCAUUCUACCAAUAAAGACGACAAUGACAUUGCCAGAGAAAUUAGAUUCCCCGUGGGAGUGGGGAUCGCUGGUUAUGUGGCAGAAACUGGAGAGACUUUAUGCGUGACUGAAGCAUACAACGACCCACGAUUCAAUAAAAGCAUCGACGAGCAAACUGGCUACCACACCCGAAAUAUCCUUUGUAUGCCCAUUUCUAUUCGAGGACAAGUGAUUGGUGUCGUUCAGAUGGUCAAUAAAAUGGAUGGCAACUUUACAAAGGAGGAUGAAGAGAGCUUUCGGUUCUUCUCGAUAUAUUGUGGCUUAGCUCUUCAUCAUGCGAAAUUGUACGACAAAAUUCGUCGAUCCGAGCAAAAAUAUAAAGUGGCAUUGGAAGUGCUCUCCUACCAUAAUGGAUCAUCUGCACUGGAAGUCGAGACCAUCAUUCAGGAGCCGAUUCCUUUGCAAGAUCCCCUCAUUUCCAGUUUCACGUUCUACGCUUUGAAUAUGGACGAUAUGGAGAAGGUUCGCAAAGCCCUUUUCAUGUUCAUUGAUCUCUUCGGAUUGGAACGUUUCGAAUACGAGACCCUUGUGCGAUUCAUCAUCACGGUCAAAAAGAACUACCGCCAAGUAGCCUACCACAAUUGGGCCCAUGGGUUCCACGUGGCGAACAGUAUCUACAGCAUACUCAAAGCUUCCACGGGGGUCUUCAAGCCACUUGAAUGCUUGGCCAUGUUCAUCGGAGCCAUUUGUCAUGAUUUGGACCAUCGAGGGUUCAACAACAAGUUCAUGAUCGAUGUGGGAUCACCUUUGGCGGCUAUUUAUUCCACCUCAACCAUGGAACAUCAUCAUUUCAAUAUGACCGUGAACAUUCUGAACCAGGAAAAUCAUAACAUAUUUGCAAAAUUAAACCCUGACGAGUACAAGCAAGUUUUAGGAAACAUUAAACAUUGUAUCCUGGCCACAGAUUUGGCCUUGUUCUUCCCCAACAAGGCCAGGUUGACCAAUAUUCUCAAAGACGAUGCGUUUUCUUGGGAUCUACCAGAUCACAGAAUGAUCGUCGAGGCACUCGUGAUGACCGCCAGUGACUUGUGCUCGAGCUCCAAGCCUUGGGAUCUUCAACUCGCCACGGUCACUGUGAUUUACGAGGAGUUUUAUAGUCAGCACCCAUUACAGGGAGAUCGGGAGAAACGGGAAGGUCGGGUUCCUGUCCCAAUUAUGAACCGAAAGUAUGAGGACCAGCAAUCGUUACAUCAAGUUGGCUUUAUCGGUGGAAUUUGCUUGCCUUGCUAUGACCUGUUGGUUAAAGUUUUACCUAACACGGCUCCCAUGCAAGAGCAAUGUACUUAUAACCUCAAUGUGUGGAAAUCCAAGGCUGAAGAGCGAAAGAACCAACUGGAGGCCAAGGAAGAGAAUCCGGAAGAAAAUAAGGAAAAAGUGGAGGAAUCAACGAAAGAGGAAUGAAUAUUUUUUAACUUCAUUUCAACCCUGUUUGAAACCAAGGUUUAACAAUCAACCCUCUCCAGUACCUCCUUUGGUCGCAAUAAAGUUCUUGAAUGUCGUAA